AUGGCUAUGGCUGCGACUUCCAACCCCAUUGUGACCUACCCGCUCCGCCUCGACGCGAACCUCGCUGAGGGCAGUACGAGUGGAGGUCGCUCGGGUCAAGGUGGAGAGAUCUCGGCGUUCCGAUAUACUUUCAAGCCGGGCUCCGUAUCUGAUAUCCCGGGAUACGUGACUCAUCAUCGAAAUGGCACGAAGGAGGUGAUGUUUGAUAUCGCGGUCUUUGAUGUCCGCGAGGAGCCUGGCAAGUCGAGGGAGUGUGUCUUGGUCUUCGAUGCUCAGGCGGGAGGAUACGUCCUAAGACUACUACCCACCACUUACCACCUCACACUCAAUCGCAACGCAUCGUCAACGACUCGACCGAACACCGGCACAUCUCAAGUCUCCUCUGCAUCGACCGGAUCCUCUGCAUCUGUGCCGUUGUCUGGUCAGCGCAGGCCCGAGCCUGGCAAUGACGUCUUUGGCGAUACCACUCCUAGGCCAAGCAAAAAGCCUCGACCCUCGGAGCCUUCAGCGUCGCAAUCGAAAGGAUCGAAUGGAGACCCUUUGGCAUUCGCAUUGACUCCGCCUAGCAACGCGAGGAGAUCUGGCAAAGGGGGAACCAAAAAGGCAACGGCCAAUGUCAAAGCUAAGAAAGGCAAAAUCGGAGCAAAACCCAACAAGAGUGUCAAAGCUCCUCCAGUGCCCGAUGGGAAGUUCAAGUCGGCGGAGAUCAUUGAAGACUCGGAGGAGGAGUAUGACUUGGGAGAAGGGCAAAGCGAUGCUCAGGAGCCAGAGGACAAUGACGACGACGAGUUUGCUCGGAUGGUGGGCGAAUCGUUGGCAGAGCCAGAUGAGCAACCUCUCCCAGAGCCGUUGAUUGAAAGGAGAUAUGAGGAUGAGGAAAGUACCAGCGACGAGGGAGAAGAGAGUGAUGACGAUGAGCUCGGAGGCGCGAGGCUGGUCGGCAACAAUGGGGCUCCAAUGAACAAUGGCGAAUCUGAGUGGCUAUGA